GCGAAUGGCGAUCAUGAAGAAUGGCGUGAGAAUGGCAGACUGCAGAGCAGAGCCUGCAGAGCUAUAAAAAAAUAAUGAAAUAUUGCAAUGAACCAUUGAACGAACUAUCGGAACGGAAUCACUAUCAAGGGCAGGAAAUACGGAAUUUUUUAGGAGACCUGGAAGAACUUUUUGUGACCUGCAAUCGUGUGACCAAAAUCUUGAGGCCUGAGUUUUGAUUCAAGAAAUUUGUAACUCCGAAAACCGUCAAUGCUUGGGAUACACUUUGCAGCUGCUGAUAUUUUCUGGAUUUCCAAGGACUUUACAGGACGAAGAGCCAGCUAUAUAUAAACCUUCAGAGGAUACAUGGCUUUGAGACCAGCUUAACAUUAUAAUUCCAGACAAUUCAAUAGGAGUUACCAGCUGGAAUUUUUGGGAGAUUUGUAAAACAGAAUGUUCAUAUUGAAUGAUUAUUUUUGAAUCAGCCAUGGCUUGCUGAAUAAAAAGUCAGAAUCAAAGAAGAAGAAGAAGAAGAAGUAACCUGUGCUUGUGCUGUGUGAAGACUGCAGAGCCUUUAAAGCAAUAAAAAAGGAUCAAAUAUUUCAUUGAACCAUAAUUGACCAAGCGUGAAAAUGGCGGUAUGAAAUGGCGGGACGACGGACAGUGACUGAAUCCCUAUCAGGGUCAGGAAAUACGGACCCUUUGCGAGAACUUUUUGAGGCAUGCAAAACUGGAGAUCUCGUAAGAGUCAAGAAAUUGGUAACUCCGAAAACAGUCAAUGCUCGGGAUACGGCAGGACGUAAGUCUACUCCUCUACACUUUGCAGCUGGAUACGGUAGACGAGACGUUGUAGAGUUUUUGCUUCUGGCUGGUGCGUCCAUCCAAGCUCGAGACGAUGGUGGUCUUCAUCCUUUGCACAAUGCGUGUUCGUUCGGGCACUACGACGUUGUGAGACUUUUAUUAGAAGCAGGAGCUAAUCCAAAUACUCGUGACAAUUGGAAUUAUACACCCUUGCAUGAAGCAGCUAUCAAGGGAAAAGUAGACGUUUGUAUAGCACUGUUGCAACACGGAGCUGAUGCAAAUAUUAGAAACACUGAAGGAAAAACUGCUCUGGAUUUAGCUGAUACUGCUACAAAACCAGUGUUGACAGGUGAAUACAAGAAGGACGAGCUACUCGAAGCUGCCAGAUCGGGAAACGAAGAGCGACUUUUACAGCUUCUCAAUCCUCUCAAUGUAAAUUGUCACGCCAGUGAUGGUCGUCGUUCAACGCCUUUACACUUAGCUGCCGGGUACAAUCGCUCUAGGGUCGUUCAAAUUUUGCUGCAGAACGGAGCAGAUGUGCAUGCAAAAGACAAAGGUGGUUUGGUGCCUCUUCACAACGCCUGUUCGUAUGGUCACUUCGACGUGACCGAAGCGUUGUUGAAACACGGAGCGGCAGUUAACGCGAGUGAUUUGUGGGCCUUUACUCCUCUGCAUGAAGCAGCGAGUAAGUCAAGGGCAGAAGUUUGUUCUCUCCUUUUGAGUGAAGGUGCAGAUCCAACGCAGUUAAAUUGUCAUAGUAAAAGUGCUAUCGACGUGGCUCCAACGCUAGAGCUUCAAGAGAGAUUAGCUUACGAAUAUAAAGGACACUGCCUACUCGACGCCUGCAGGCAGGCGGAUUCGACUAAAUUAAAGAAAUACUUGUCGCCUGAGGUGGUGAAUUUUAAACACCCCUACACUGGGGAUACUCCGUUACACUGCGCCGUCGCCUCUCCGUUCCCUAAGAGAAAACAAAUUAUUGAAAUUUUAAUUAGAAAGAGUCCCACUUUGAAUGAGAAAAACAAAGACUUUCUCACACCUCUUCACGUCGCAGCCGAUCAUUCUCAUUACGACGCUAUGGAUAUUCUUUUAAGACACAACGCAAAAGUUAAUGCAUUGGACGGGCUGGGGCAGACGGCACUACACAGAUGCGCAAGGGAGGAUAACGUGCAGGCCUGCAGAAUUAUUUUAUCGUACAAUGUAGACCAAUCAAUUGUAUCGCUUCAGGGAUACACGGCGGCUCAGGUGGCCACUGAAAACGUGUUAAAAAUUUUACAGGAUCCACCAAGUGGAACGGAAGAUGUGGAAGCACAGCUUUUAGAAGCAAGUAAAUCUGGUGACUUGACUGCCGUGGAGAGAAUUUUACAACCUAAUCCUCAUGCUGUCAACUGUAGAGAUUUGGAUGGCAGGCACUCAACGCCUUUGCAUUUUGCAGCUGGAUACAAUAGAGUUCCUGUUGUUGAAUAUCUUUUAGCACACGGGGCUGAUGUUCAUGCUAAGGAUAAAGGUGGUUUGGUGCCUCUUCACAAUGCCUGCUCGUACGGACACUAUGAAGUGACAGAACUCCUUGUGAAACAUGGAGCAUCUGUAAAUGUAGCAGAUCUUUGGAAAUUCACACCGUUGCACGAAGCUGCUGCAAAAGGAAAGUGUGAAAUAGUUCGCCUUCUAUUAAGGCAUGGAGCGGACGCGACGAAGAAGAAUAGGGAUGGCGCGACGCCUUUGGAUUUGGUAAGAGACGGCGAUCAAGACGUUGCAGAUCUUCUGCGAGGAAAUAGCGCCUUGCUGGAUGCAGCUAAAAAGGGAAACCUAGCGAGAGUACAGAGACUUGUUACCCCAGACAAUAUCAACUGCAGAGAUGCACAAGGUCGAAAUAGCACGCCUCUACAUUUAGCAGCUGGAUAUAACAAUUUGGAAGUAGCUGAAUUUCUAUUGGAGCGAGGAGCCGAUGUAAAUGCACAAGACAAGGGCGGACUGAUUCCUUUGCACAAUGCAUCGAGCUACGGUCACUUGGACAUAGCCGCUUUGUUAAUUAAAUACAACACAGUAGUCAACGCUACCGACAAGUGGGGGUUUACACCUUUGCACGAGGCCGCUCAGAAGGGUCGAACGCAAUUGUGCGCUCUUCUCCUCGCCCAUGGAGCAGACACCUUCUUGAAAAAUCAAGAAGGUCAGACGCCGGUGGACUUGGCUAGCGCUGAUGACGUUCGAUGUUUGUUACAAGAUGCCAUGGCGUCACAACAAGUCGUGCCGUCUAUGCCUUCGACUAGUGUCAACAACGCCUGUACUAGUAGAUCACCCAGCAUUGCAGCAGUUCCCGUUUCACCACCACCAUCCCUUACUCAAGAGACUGUCAUUCUGCCGUCCGGUGCAGCAAUAACUCUGUGCGUGCCAGUAGCGCGCCCAUCUUCUUGUAUAAGUCCAAUGACCUCCUCAGAACAAUGUUCGGAACGAGACAUGAAAGAUGUGGGCGAAGAACGAAAUAGCAAUGCGAUUACAAGUGUGGCUGGAUUCCUGCAAAGUCUUAGCCUGGAACAUUUGCUCGAGUUAUUCGAACGCGAGCAGAUUACGCUCGAUAUUCUUGCAGAAAUGGGUCAUGAGGAUUUAAAGCAGGUUGGAGUUUCAGCUUAUGGAUAUAGACAUAAGCUUAUUAAGGGAAUGGAUAAACUCCUGACUUCAGCGGCUGGUUCGAUUUGGCAGCCUUCUGUCAAUCCAGGAACUCUGUUGGUAGAUCUGCUUGCCGAGGAUAAGGAAUUUUUGGCUGUGGAAGAGGAAAUGCAGAGUACUAUCCGAGAACAUAGAGAUAAUGGCAUUUCUGGUGGUAUUUUUGCCAGAUACAAUAUAGUUAGGAUUCAAAAAGUACAGAAUCGAAAGCUGUGGGAACGUUAUGCACACAGACGUCAAGAAGUGGCUGAAGAGGUAGGAGCCGCAGCACCGACGUCGCCUGGUUCCAUGACUCGAAUCACAUCCACUUCGUCUCUGCCACAAGCAAACGAAAGAAUGCUUUUCCAUGGCAGUCCUUUUAUCAAUGCGAUAGUUCAAAAAGGUUUCGACGAGCGACACGCUUACAUUGGUGGAAUGUUUGGAGCCGGUAUUUACUUUGCGGAACAUAGUAGCAAAAGCAAUCAAUAUGUUUACGGUAUUUGUGGCGGUACUGGGUGCCCUGUUCACAAAGAUAGAAGUUGCUACAUUUGUCACAGACAUUUGCUGCUUUGUCGAGUAACUCUAGGAAAGUCAUUCCUACAGUUUUCCGCAAUGAAAAUGGCUCACGCUCCACCAGGGCACCACAGUGUGAUGGGAAGACCAUCACAGGGAGGUCUAGCGUUUCCAGAGUAUGUGGUGUAUAGAGGUGAGCAGGCGUAUCCCGAAUAUUUGAUUACAUAUCAAAUUGUCCAACCUGAGCAAGAAACUGGAGGACCUGGCGAGAGUAGCGAAGAGCGGUGAUCACAACAGUUGGGUCCCGCGGCACAGUUACGUCGUCUCUGCUGUUGCCAGAGAUCCAGGGCAUGUGAUUCCUUGUCCUAGGUCAUACUUCAUUCCCUGCUUGACCUUCGCAUCCACCCGAUGUGUUUAGGUUGAUACUUUGCUUUGGAUAUAGGACUGCGUUUCUGUGAUCCUUCUGUUCGCGUCUUCGAACAUUUCGUUACCAAAUCAGGGCGAAAAAUGAUGCGAUUUUGCACUGUGUGUUUUUGAAGAAUGAAAGGCAAAACUAAGAGCGCGUGCGUGCGCGCACAGUAGAGUGUGGGAGAGGAAGAGAUGUACAAAUUCUGGAAAAAUUGAGAUCUCCACAAAAUUCCAAUUUUAUUUUAAAUUUCGAAAAUCUUCAUAAUUACUCUGUAUUGUGCAACAGAAUUUAAGACUAGAUGUUAGAAUUAAUUUCCGAAAAUCUUCUGCUGAGAAUUUUGCUUUAGGAAAAGAGGACAAAAAGAAUGAAAUAUUAGUUAUAAAGCAUUAGUGCAACAUAGUGCAAUUGAGAGAAAAAAGUUUCUUAUUUGGAGGUUAAGAAAGAAGUAACUUGUAGAUAGUAUAAUAUUGUAAACAGAAUCUUUCAUUUCUAUUUAUUUAUUAAUUAUUGAUACUGUGGAUAUCCUGUAAAAAGGUUCUAUAAUUUAUAAUUGCACAAUGGGACCAAGCGCCGAUUUAGGAGGAAAAUAGUAUAAAAAUAAAUUAUGAGCCUAAUUACACCGCAACAGUUUUUUCCACAGUUAACAGAAACUGCCCCGCUUGCCAACCAAUCAGAAACACUGUAUUUAUAACGAACAUUCCUGGUUGGUUGCCAAGCAUAGUAUUUUCUGCUACCGUAGUAAAAAUUGCUGCGGUGUAAAUAGACUCCGUGAUGGUUACCAGAUUUCCAACGGCCAAAUUCAGGACAUGUCAUAUGGAGGGGGUAAGGGCUAGCGGGAUGGUGGAAUGAAGGUAAAUCAAAAUUUUAAUCCAGUUUUUUUUCUCUCAUACCUCGCAAAGCAACGAUUGAGUCAAAACGGAUGACAAAAUUCAAUAUGGCGGUUGACAAUUAGUCAUUUUGUUGAAUUGUCAUGAAACUUCAUAUUUAGGAGGGUUUUAAGGUUUCUGAUUAUGAAACUGAAGUAAAAAUUGCAAAAUAAAAUAUAGCGGAUCCGAUGUAGUGAUUUAAAGUUUGAAUUUUUUUUAGAUUUCACGAAACUUGGUAUUUACGGGUUAUCCAGAUUUCUGAUGAUGACACAAAAACCAAUAUGGCGGUUGACAAUCGGAAACUUUUGUUCAAAUCUGAAACUCUGUACUUACAGGUGUUUGAAGUUUUUGAAUAUGAAUCUAAAGUCAAAUUUAUAAAAACCAAAGUGGCGAAUCCAAUAUGGCGGAUGGAAAUUAGAAAAAUGUGUUCAGAUUAUAUGCCAUGAAAAUUUCUAUUUGGGGGAUUUUUACUGUUCAAAAAUUGAAAUAAUGUACAAGCUGCUUUAUUUACACGAUAUUUAUAAAUAAAGGCAUUACGUCAAAUGCGAGAGACUUAAUAAUGGAAGGCAAAUUUUUAAAAAAAGGGAAAUGGCGCACCUGUGCCCCGUUGCUAUUUUGUCAAUAAAAAAAAUAUUGCAUGAUUUAUCUGUUUUUAUAAAUGAAUAAAAAUCCUAAUAAUUUUAGUCGUCCUGAAUAGUUUCAACCGUUUUGUUAUAUACGACUCUUAUAUCGAGAAAAUGGCUGCACAAAGUACCAAUUUUAACCUUACCCAGGAAAUUAAAAAAAAUGCUGGAAACAGUUUCUCUGAUGUCUUUAGAGUAAAACUAUAUCAGUAAUUGAUUAUUUAAUAUAUGUUGAAUUUUCGUGUUUCUUCCUCCUAAAUUAACAUUUGGUUCCACUGUAUAUGAAAUUACGAAGCCCAAAUGUGGUUGCUUAUAGAUUUAUUUUAGCACUUUAAAAAUAUCUCGUUAAGAAAAGUAUGAAACUAUUGUUCUUUUUAUUUGCACUGCUUAGAAAAAAUAACUUGCAAAAAAUGUAAUUUUUUAGAAAUUGCCUGGCUGUGACCCUAAAAGUCUGUAAGUCAAAUAAUAUUAUUAAUUAUUAACAUGAGAUGUUAUAUUAAGACUAAUAUCGGAAAAAGUCUCAAUUUUUCCAAAGUUUUCAACCUGUAAAGGGAGUUACAUCUCUAGUCACAUAAAUUAUUCGCGUUAAUUUGUUAUUUUUACGAAGGCAUUUGAUUCCAAUAAUUUUACCUGGAUUGAAAAAAAUUGGACUAUUCGCAAUUAAGAACAAUAAAUUUCCCACGAAUAUAAUUUGCGAUUUUUCCACGACGCGACGCUUGACAAUAGAUCUCAUUUCUUUAAAAAGUACAUACAGACCAACAUGUAAAUCGGCUGAGGAAAUAUUUUUGGUCAUUCCAUUUUAAAUUCAGUAAUUUGCAUUAACAAAAGCGAUUUUGCAUUUGGCAUUCGUAUUUCCGGUGAUUACAAAUGUACGAGCAAAGACUAAAAGUAGAGAGUAUGAUUUUCGUUUUGGCAGCGAAUUAAACGCCAUAGAUAUAAGUGCUGUUGGAGUGCAUUUUUAAAGGUCGUACAUUUGUACGUGUGUGUUGACGUAUAUGUUCUGUAAUAUAACCAAGUUUUCUUGAAGAUAUAAGAUCGCCAUAGCGGAUUAUAUUCUUCGGGAUUUCUUCUAUACGAAAAGUAUGAACUAUGUUUUAUAAUUGAGAAAGUCUCAGGCUUUAACGCUUUUUUGAACAUUCUUACGAAAAUCAAUACACGACCAUUUCAGUUUGUGUAUCUAAUGGUGUAGUGUAAACUUCUCUCGGUUCAGUGAAUAUAUUAUCAAAUAUUAACAAUUAA